AACCCAUUGAAGCCCUCGGACAAGAACAACUGAGAGCGUAUUUGUCACUUUCUAUUCCCUCCAACCAAUUUUUUUCCCGAGAAAGUUUUUCUAUAACGCUUUCUCUUCUUCAAUUUGUGAAUAAACAAAUUGGAACUUUCGAUUCGUUUUUUCUUCUGUUCUUUCGCUGACCGACAAGAUAUCAGUCGGGACGUGGAGAGCCGCUGAAUCCUAAUUAUCAGUCGUACCAGCAGAACCAUCAGCAGCAACAACGGCAACAGUGGUCACGUUGCGCUGAAAACGAUAAUGAGUCAAGAAGACGACAUCGACGUCACUCCGUUAAGUCACUGUCAAACUGACUGGCUUGGGGCCUGGGGGGGGGGGGGGGAAUCCUUUCUCUUAUCCUCAAGAAAUGGCGACGAAACAACUUAUAGUAUCACCAGUUACUGUGUCAGCCAAGAGCUUAGCCUCGCUCAGAGUUUCGAGUGCCAAGUUUGCAACUUUGAAACCAGGCACCCUUAAGCAGAGCCAGUUCCGUUCUUUGGUUGUCAAAGCUGCUUCUGUCGUUGCUCCUAAGUACACUUCAAUUAAGCCAUUGGGAGAUAGAAUUUUAGUGAAGAUCAAGGAGGCAGAGGAGAAGACAAUGGGAGGUAUCUUACUUCCAUCUACAGGUCAAAGAUCAAGGAGGCAGAGGAGAAGACAAUGGGAGGUAUCUUACUUCCAUCUACAGGUCAAUCGAAACCUUAAGGAGGUGAAGUCGUUGUUGUGGGUGAAAGGGGAAUUAUUGGGAAAAACAAAGUUGAUAUCACUGUCCCUGUUAGUAAACCUCACAAUCCCCUUCAAGCCGCUGCUCUUUCUUCGUUUGCUUCGGUUUCAUGCUAAUAUUGGUCUUUCUUCUUGUGGUAUAGACUGGAGCACAAAUCAUUUACUCCACAGGUACGCUGGAACUGAGGUGGAGUUCAACGAUGUGAAACAUCUCAUUCUUAAGGAAGAUGAUAUUGGCCUUUCUUAGUUGUUUAUCUUUUAUUUAUGUAUUUAUGAUGUUAUUUAAAUAUUUUGGAUGUUUCAAAUUUGGUAGGAUAAUGCUUUUGAAUGUUUAAAACUUGGUGUGUUGCAUGGA